AUGGCCGAUGAGCGGAGUUUACUACAAAAAUUGCGAGCCUAUCCGCCGGCCGUUUUUUUCAUGCUUGGCAAUGAGUUUUGCGAGCGAUUCUCAUUUUACGGCAUGAAAACCAUUUUGUUCAUUUACUUUAUGACGGAGCACGAGUUCUCGGCGAGCAAAGCCACAUUCGUUUAUCACUUGUUCUCAUGCGUCGCCUAUGUGACGCCGUUGAUCGGCUCGAUUCUCGCGGAUUCCGUCUUUGGACGCUUCAAGGUAAUAUUAUACGGCUCGAUUAUUUAUGUUCUCGGUCACGUUCUGCUAUCGGGCGGCGCCGUUCCGUUUCUAUCCUAUGGAGCACGAUCAACUCUCGAUUUUUCGGGAUUAUUUAUUAUCGCAUUCGCGACGGGUUGUAUAAAGCCAUGCGUUUCGGCGUUCGCGGCCGAUCAGUUCACUGAAGAUCAAAAAGACCUUCGCUCGCAGUUCUUCUCAUUCUUCUACUUUGCUAUCAAUGGCGGAUCGCUGUUCGCCAUCCUCAUCACCCCAAUCCUUCGCGGACGAGUCCAGUGCUUCGGCAAUCCCCACUGCUUUCCGCUGGCGUUUGGCGUGCCCGGUGUGUUGAUGUUCCUCGCGCUCCUCUUCUUCCUCUCCGGAUGGCACAUGUACAAAAAAUAUCCGCCGAGUAAGGAAAACGUCGGAUCCGAAGUGAUUUCCGUGUUGAAUCGAGUCGAUUUCAGGAAGAGCACCGAUAAGCCGGCGAAUCAUUGGCUGGAUCGCGCCGCUCCGGAACACUCGCAGACGCUCAUCAAUUCGGUGAAAGGCCUCCUCAGUGUUGCAGUCAUCUUCUGCCCGUUGAUAUUCUUUUGGGCGCUGUUCGAUCAGCAAGGCUCCACGUGGGUCCUUCAAGCUCGCCGACUCGACGGACGAGUCGGAUUCUUCUCAAUCCUUCCCGAGCAGAUUCAUGCGAUCAAUCCGAUUUGUGUGCUCAUUCUCGUUCCAAUUUUUGAGGCCAUCGUCUAUCCAGCCCUUCGAAAAGUUACAAAAGUCACACCACUUCGAAAAAUGGCCGUUGGCGGAUUGCUAACCGCCUUGUCGUUCUCGAUGGCUGGCGUCUUACAAUUGAAAGUAAACGAAACUAUGGAAGUACCACCGGCACACGGAAAUGUGUAUAUUCAACGAAUUGGUAAUGAAAGCUUGAUAUCGGGAUUCCGCGAUUCUUCCGGAAAUCUUAUUGCGGACGGAAGACUACCGAUGGGACGCACCGAGCUUGCUAGUGGCACUUAUACAUUCCAAUCGGGUCCAAAGAACGAGCAGAACUCAAUUUCUGCGGUGGUUCCAAACAAGGGAUAUGUGUUGGCACAAUUCAGACUCGCAAAUGAUAGCAUUCGAGUUGUAAGCUUUGAUUAUAAAGUCGAUAAAACUGAUAAUGGAGCAACACGGGUGUUCGUCGUCACACCAGUCGAUGAUCCAAAAAGCUAUUUGUUUGCGGUCAACAACAGAAACAAGGUGUUGAGCUCAUGCUCAAUAGCGUCUGGUCAAUAUGUCGAUGUGAUUCCUGGCGUUAUCAGUGAUCCAAACGUGAUGCUUCAUUGGGGUUCGAACUGCACUGGAUCUGAAUGCCCCAAUAUGGUGAAGUUGAACGCGCAAAUGGGAGCUGUACAUAUUCUUCAUAUCCACGAGAAUACCACAGAAGAGGAUUUCCGUCUUUUGGUUCGUCCGAAUUCUGUUAGCAUUCUGUGGUCGCUUCCACAGUAUGUCAUUAUCACACUUGGCGAGGUUCUACUAUCAGUAACUGGUCUCGAAUUCGCAUAUUCACAAGCGGCGCCGAACAUGAAAAGUGUUCUGACUGCGAUGUGGCUGUUGACGGUGUUCGCUGGAAACCUGAUCGAUAUGAUGAUCUCUGGAACCCGAUUGAUUCCCCAUCCAGCGCUCGAAUUCUUUUUCUAUUCGAUUCUCAUGGUCAUCGUUAUGGGGGUGUUCAUUCUAUUAGCGAUGCAGUACACAUAUAUUGAGGAUCGUGAGGAGAAUCAAGAAGAUGAAAAAGAGGUGCCAAUGAAUGAGCUAAUUGAAUAG